GGGCCUUUAUGGGAAUCUAUGUGGUUUUUCCUCACAUAUUUGUUUGAGUCUCCUCCAAGCCGGCUGACCUGCAAUCAGUGGGGUACCCUGACCCCCCCCACCCCACCCCCCCACCCCCCACAACAAUAAGCAGCGAUCCCAGCGUGGAUCCACUCAUGGCUUUUGUCAAACGCAUAGCUUCUCUUUUCCUCGUGACUCUAAAGGCUGUUUUUUUCCCGAUGACCGCUUCGCCUCCGCUUCAGUAACGUCACAGUAAUUCAUCGUGCAUCUCAUCCGCUUCAUCGCCGUCACUAUCACUCACCAUAAACAAAAGCUAGACAACAAGUAGGCUGUUUGAACCAUUGUAGGCUGUGUAACUCUUUAUUCUCUGUCUUUGUGAUGGUGUGUUUGACUGACAAAAAUAGUGUAAAAAUGAGCUUUAGUGUUCUGUUCGGAUCUUAUUUCUGUUUCUCUCGAGUUCUCUUCUUUCGUUGCUCCUAGUUUCUUGAUUUUUAAAGCUAGGUUUUAUUUAUUUAUUGUACGUUUCUUCCCACGCAAGCAAUACAGCGGGCGGUCUUUUAUCUCCGACAGCACUCAGAAAAUCUUGGAAUCACGCACAGGUUUCUUUGUAAACCAAGACACACAGCGAAGAUGUUCACAGGGAGGGAGAACUUGAGAGGGAAGGUGUUGCUAGAAGGGGGCGAAAAAGAAGCGUUGGAGACUAAACGCGUGUUGGAACCUGAAGGUUCAUUUGAAAUGCAACAGAGGAAGUUUGCCACAGUAGAGGCUUUACCUCAGCAUGCAGUCCAGAGGGAGAUGAGGAAGAUGUCUGAACGUCUCCGAAGGCAAGCGAGCUGUGUGUCUCGUACGUGCCUCCCGUCCUCCUUACCUGAAGAAACUUCAGUAAACGACAGCGACGCAGGCUCACGCCUAAAACCGCUCAGACCAAACUAAUAUAUCUGACAAAAUGGACGCGAAACGUUUGAGGGCAACCCUGCAUUGCUGUUAAAUCGAGCUUUCCCGGUAGUUGCGUCGCCGCUGUUGCCGUCCCACUUCAGGCGUUUCUACGAGGGUUGUGGUAGCAAGAACAUCUCUAAUGUGUGUCUCUAACACUUUAUUAUUUUUGGAGUAUUAGUGGAACGUGAUGUGGCUUUAUACUCUUCUCUUGUAGCAGUUUAUUCAACGGUUGCCUUUAUAAUGCAUGGCCAGAUUAUAUAUCCCGCUCGGAGCUGAGAGCCGUUGUGCAUUAUAACUCCCAGUGUUGUGGUUUGGUACCAUAUGUAUAUCUCGGGGGCAAUCCUAGACGCUCGAUGGGUCGUUACGCAAAUUAUGACCACCGACGGACAGGAAGUGCUGCUUUCUGAUGGGUCCUGUUGCACCUCAUUAAUUCUACCGCUUCAAGCGAGCUGCAGAUUUGUACACAGUGGCUCAAACACACAGAGACGGAUAAAUUCAUUCAUUUUAUUAGUUCAGAUUGAUUCUGCUCCUCGGUAACUCGUCAGCCAUCACUGUAUCACUCCCUCGCUCUCACGUAUAGUGUUGUAAAAAGGGCUGGGUAACAUCUGGAAUUUUGCAAUUUCAGUCUUGCUACUAAAACCGAAAAAUAUUUUUAAUCUUAAAUCUGCAUCAUGUUUUUGUGGGGGCCGCUUUUGGAAUUCAAUACAAUGUUUAUCUUUUAUAGCCCAAUAUGACAAAACACACAUUGGCCUCAGAGUGGUUUCCAAUCUGUAUCAUCUGUCGUUGGACCCUCGCAUCAGAAAGGAAAAACUCCCCAAAAAAAACCUCAACAUGUGGAAAGAAAGGGAAGAAGCAGCCCAAACAAUCUGUAAAGACAAAAUAGUGUGAUUAUGACCGUAUCAAGUUAAUAAGGCACACUUGUAAGCACACAUUCAUCCAGCAGACACAGGAGAACAUUAGCAUCUCUGUCCACCUUGUGAAUGUAGGUCCAAUACUCCCUCAUCUGACUUGGUCUCCACCAACUCCUGAGGGAAAUGUCUGGCUCUUUGUCCGUCUGAUGUUUGGUGCUCGGCAUACUUUGGUCGGAGGUGUUUCGCUGCCUGGAACAUGUGUUAAUGACAGAGGCGUGAGACUGAACCAAAAACAGUGAAGCCUGUAAAACCAAAAGGAUGAGCUGAAAGGUGGUAAGAGGCUCCGUAGACCUGAGGGGAACUCUUCUCUGGGGGUUCAUCUCUAUGAGCGACACCUUUCAGAUCACACACAGUCACAUUGUUUCCUCCAACAGAAGAAGACGGUCUCAAUUGUUUAAUACUCUCGAAACACGGGCAGCCAUACAAGACUUAAACUGAGUCAAUUCUGAAGUUAUUUUAAGGAAAAUAAAAGUAAAAAUAGGUAAAGAAGAUUCUUUGGUGUAAUAAAAAGUAAAUUGAGAGAAUGGCAAAUGCCUUUGCAGAAAUUACAAUUCAGUUUUAAAACCACAGCUCUAUUGACCCCCUCCCCCCCCUAUUGACGACCGUGAACACUCCUGAGUUUUCCUGUUCAAACUGUCUCUUUGGCAAUGAUUCGUAAGGAAGCUUUGACGGAACUAAAUUGCACCGUAAUGCUCUAACGUAUCAAAGAGGGCUCACUGUGAUGGAGAGUUGCUAUCUGAUUAAAUGUCUGAAUGCCCCCUUUGAACAGGCGACCCUAAGUAGCGUAACUGUGAAUGAGAUUUUGCGUGAUGACAUGAAUAGAGCAAUAAACUGAAUUACAGUGCCCUCAUUACUAUUCAAUCAUGAAAACACAGCUCCAUUCAGAUCCAGUCAUGAUUUUCUUUCAUAUUGGAAUCCUUUAAAGUUUUAUAUAUAAUUUCAUCCAACAAAAUAGGCAAUAAUUCAUGUCUUCUGAAAGUGGGAACGAUUCACAUGCAGAUGUUGGAGUUCCUUUUCUGCCAGUUGAGGAUGGAGUGUUGCGAAAAGUGCAGCUGUCAUCAAAUCGCUGUGUCUGUGCCACGGCUGUGGCAUCGCUACAUCUACUCCUCGUGCCUGUCCACAACCACGCUUUAUCUUCCCACCUACCCCAGAGGUUCUACUCAACACUUCUAAUGAGAUUGCACACGGAUGUAUAUAGAUAUUUUAUUGUCGAUGCAGUCUUUAUGGCCCUAGAAAAGGAACAAAAGACAGGACGGCAGCAGCAUCAGUUGGGGUUCGGGGGGGGGGGGGGUUUGCUCAGCUUUUAUGUCCAUGCACCUUUAAUGGUUCUACGGGGAGGAGGCGUUUUUACUACGACUAUUAUUCUGAUUAUUAGUAUGACAAAAUUGAAAAAGUCUGCCUUUUUCAUCAGAAAGGGGCCACUGAAGUGAAUGUCUUGAGAUAUAGUGUACUAAAGACGCAACACUUUUGUAUAUGUAUUUAUCGUUGUGUUCCCGGCGCCUCGUGGUGGUCGUUCUCUCACGGAUGGACGGGCGAUACUUUCGAUUCGCGACACAAACUGUGUCCGAGAUUUGGACCCCAAUACAACUCUCAGAAGGUCCUUAAGAUCUGAUUUUAUUUUAAAAGCGCUGUAACGGCAGCUCCAUUUAGAAAUGUUGACCUGGCGAAAGUAGAGCUUAAUUCCUUUACCCUGUUAAUGUUAGGCCCAGUCUUCAGAGAUGAGAACAAUGUUCAGACUACCUGGUAGACUUCUCAUGCAGGACACAGUGACCUGCAGCUUCAUUAAAGCAACCAGGCGGACUGCAGCUGAUGCGCCUGAGACGCAUGACGCUGUAUAUCACAGUGGGCAAAGGGAAUUCUUGUUUAGGCACUAAAGUGUAGUGUGUAGGCUAGUUAACUUGGGAGUACUGCAUAUCAAACGCGUUGGCCGCUACACACAAAGCAGCAACCUGCCCUAGAGAGUCGCACACACCGAGACCCUAACGCAUCCUUGUGUGAGGUGAAGUAACCGCAGUAGUCAGGUUUGGCUUGUGUAAUAAAUGCUCCUCGGUGAUCUACCCGCUGCAGAGCUUCAUCCACCGCUGGACUCACGCAAGAGUUCCACUCACUAACAGACACCUCCUGUUCCUGCAGAGCAUGCUGAAAAACAACAACGGGACGUGUUAGUGUAGACUUACUGUCAUCUGCAGAACCUCAUUGUUCUUUUGUGCUGGGUUUUUUUUUCCUUCAUUUUAAUUUUAUUUUUUGGUUUGGAAAAAAAGUGUUUCUUGUGAUUACCUGUUAAUUAGUGAUGUGAUUAUUGAACAUGAAAUAAAAAUGGACUAAAACUCAUUUGUGUUCGAUCUUCUGUUUGACUAUUUCAAAAAAGUUAAAGGAUGUGUUUUCACUGGGUAGAUUUCAGGUCCAAGUUGAUUUAAAGAUUUAACUCCGUGUGUGUCCUUUACAUAUCUCAAGAACUGUUCAUCUGAUCUACUCAACACUUCUAUGGGUGUAUUGCUGUGGACCUAAGGGAGUGCCGUGUGGAACUUGGUGCAUAUUAAUACACUUUGAGGGCUCGGUGGACUGAGUGGAGAGCAUCGUCUGCAGCGGGCUAUUCCGCUGCGCUGCUGGAUGCUGGAUAGUGUCUUCGCUUCCCUGGAGGCGAUGAGCGAUGAGCGGGAUUUGACGAUACUGCAAGUAGCACUCCGGGGAUCAAGCAAUCGGAACCGCUACGAAUGGCCAUGUGCUCCGAACUUCAGCAUCAAUACUGAGAGCCACGCCCCAGAACGAGCUCUGUAGUCUAAGCAUCUCAUAGAAGCUGCAUAGUACGUACUAACCAACGCAGUAUGCAGUACACACAGAGUUCGUCAGUAGAAUACUAUGUUAUAUUGAUUAUUUUUUUCAGUAUGUUAGCCGGCUUAUCUUUUAAACGAGCUCUAAAAGCACUGCACUGUUCUGCCUUAAUAGGUUGAGUGAAAUUAAAGGGGGAGAGUGUGAUUAAUCAACCACUGUCUGCCUCAGAAUCAGCUCAUAGGAAACACCUGUGUGAGUUUACAAUUAUGUGUCAGAGACAACGGCCCAAAUUCAUACCGGACCCUCCCACUCCGUGUGACGGAGUGCAUUCCGUUAGUAAUCAACUCAGGUUUUUUAUGAGCUGUUUGGGUUUAAUAUCCAACACUUUACAACCAGGAUCUACCUUUUAUGCUCCUCCUGACAUUAUUAUAUUGCCCAAAUGAUUGAUUUACACACAUUUGAUGCAUUGCUCACAAGACAGUUACAGUCUAUUAUACACAUAUGCUAUAAAAUCAUAAUGUACAUACCAGGAUUAACUGAAACAAAGGAGACAGCCUCAGUCACUCCAUAUGAAGAACUCAGCAAACCCGGCAUGUGGUCCGCCUGUAAUUCCACUGUUGGACGGUGGGGGCAGCAGCAUACCUUUAAACUAAGUUAACUACCAGCCUGCUCAACUCCAGGAGAAGAAGACAGUUACUAGGGUAACGUCAACAUCAUCUCGGGUUGCUGACUUUCUAGCUAACUGGUAGCGUUAAUUGACAUUUUCUCUACUUUUCUCUCAAGUAAACUUGCCAACGAAACAGCCUUUUCCGGUUGGACAUUUAGAAACUUCUAUUGUCGAAGAAAACGACCAAGAAGGAGUUUAAGGCAUCAUGGCGAGUCAGCGGCCUCCCUCCGGCAUUGGCCGCCCAUUGAGCCGCAGUGGAUCUGUGCUGCCUGGCGCCGUCCGACCCCUGACCGCCGUCCGACCUCCUCCUACAGCUAUCCGUGUCGCAACUGGGAUGGUUCCAGGUACAAGCGGUCAUCCUGGCAUGAGGGGCGGCAUCCCCAUCGCCACCCCUGGAGUCCUCUCGGCACAGAUCAAAGUGACUGACAGGCCUGUGACCCAACAGGGGCUCAGUGGCAUGAAGACUGGCAUGAAAGGACCUCAGAGACAGAUUCUGGAUAAGUCGUACUACUUGGGCCUUCUUAGGGGUAAGAUCAACGAGUUAACCACAGAAACCAGUAAGCUGCACAAAGAGAUUGACAACUACAACCAGGAGAAUUCUGUUUAUCUCUCCUACGAGAAGAGAGCCGAAGGCCUGGCUGCAGAGAUUAAGGAUCUUCAGGGCCAGCUGGCUGACUACAACAUGGUACAUGUCUGUAAACUAAUGCAGCUUUAGCCAGAGUCUGUGAUGAUCUUUAAUGAGUCCACACUCAAACAAUCCUCAGCUCACACAUCCUGGAUAUGAAUAUGACAAGCAACCAAUGUGUGGAGUAAAAACAAUAUCAGAAGAAAUAUGCUUACACUUUAUGUAUUGAGCUAAAGUUCUGAUGUAUAGUAUAGUAUG